AUGCUGUAUUUGUUGAUCUAUAUAGAAGAUAAAAAGCCAGCUGAAUUAUUAGCAGAAGGUUACUGGAUGCGGGAAUGUGUAGACAAGCUUCAAGUCAGCUCAGUUUCAGGAUUAAUUGGGGUCAAAGUCAUUACCACCACCUCUAUAUCACCUCCACCACCAUACCACCAUUCCUCCACCACCAUAUCACCACUACAUGCCUCCACUGUCCCUACCAUCACCGUAUCACCAAACCAUCACCACCAUACCACCAUUCCUUCACCAAAUCACCACUACUCUGCCUCCACGUUCCAUACAAUCACUAUACCACCGCCAACAUAUCACCUUCACCACCAUACCACCAUUCCUUCACCACCAUAUCACCACUACCAUGCCUCCACUUUCCCCACCAUCACUCUACCACCAUACCACCUCCAUUCCCAUACCUCCACUCUUACCACCGCCACCACAUUCCUCGACCGGCCAUCGGCGACCACCGCAUAA